AUGACUGAUGAGUUACGUGGGUAUUUAGAGAAAAAUGGGAUGUACCCGACACCAGAAGAAAAGAAAGAACGAGAGAAGGCGAUCUCCUAUUUAAAUGAAGUAGUUGAGAAAUGGGGGAAGAAGAUCUACAUAUCGAAGACGGGGACUUCUGAAAACACUGAUGUUUGUGCUGCGAAGAUCUUUACAUAUGGGUCAUAUCGGUUAGAUGUCUAUGGCAACAAUGCCGAUAUCGACGCGUGUGUCGUCACAAACUCCACAAUAGAGCGAGAAGAUUUUUUCAAUGACUUAUAUGAAGAUUUAAAGAAUAACCCUGAUGUUCGCGAGAUCCGUCAAAUCAAGUCCGUCAGAGCACCUAUUCUUACUAUGACUUAUAUGAAAAUAGAUAUCGAUUUGAACUUUGCGAGAACAGCACAUACCACCUUACCUAAAGAGAUGGAUAUCCUCUCCGAAAGGAUAUUAGACGAAAUGGAUGAGCUUUCUACAAGAGCUAUUAAUGGACGAAGAAACACUGAUAUGAUCAAUAACUUUGUCCCGCCGCACUCCGUCGAAGCGUUUAAAGUGAUAGUCCGUGCGAUCAAGAUGUGGAGUAAGAAGAGAGGGAUCUACGGCUACGUGUACUCCUAUUUAAAUGGCAUUUCCAUCGAAAUCUUAGUCGCACAAGUCAUCAGUGAAAACUACCAACUUGACAACGUCAGACUAUUAGAAAAGUUCUUCCACGCAUACGCGACAUGGGACUGGGCGAGAAAUCCAGUGAUGCUUGGAGUCAGUGAUGACCGUCCCGAGAGAAAGAAAGAAGAAAUGGUACAAGUCAUCACCCCUGCUGCGCCGCGUGAGAAUUCGAUGUAUAACAUGACUCGGUCAUCAUUAGAAUUAUUAAAGCGUGAGAUGUUGCGAGGGGAGAGGAUAGUGAAAGGGUAUAAGAGUGAGGGGGGGAAUGAUUGGAACCUUUUAUUUAAGAAGAGACAUUGUUUCUGUGGGUAUUAUAUCUUUGUCGAGUUUAGUGUCCGUGGGAGUCUGGAGUCUCUUGAGAACAAAAUUGGGAUGUUUGAAUCGAAAAUAGUGAGGUUUGUGAGAAGUUUAGAAGAGAUGGAAGAGGUGAUAGAAGUGAAUGUGAUACCGGAAGGGUAUUUAGAGGUGGAGAAUGCCGUCGAUUAUUAUUACGUUGGGAUGAAUGUGAAAAAGGAUCUUCUUGUUGAUGUCUCGGCACCUUUAAAUGCGUUUCUGGAAGAUGUGAAUAAAGGAAAGGAAUUUGUUGUUGACGCUUUAAUAAAGAAACGGUCGGAAAUUAGUGUGAAAUGUACACACAAAGCUUUAAGCAAAACAGAGCGAGUCGAAUUACAGAAAGUCGUCGAAGAACGGAAGGUGAAGCUACAAGAGAUGUCGAAAGAACAGAUUGACAUCAUUACUAAGGAUAAAGAAGAAGUUGUUGGCGAUGGUAAAAAAGUGUAA